AUGUCCUUCACUACUACCGCUACCUCUUUGUUUAGUCCUGCUCCCUUGAGAGGCCUGGCCGGCAUGCUCCAUGGAUGGAUCCCUCAGGACAACAGCGCUAUGGCCCCUCGUCACCCUCAAGCCCCAUCCAGCAUUUCUCAAACGCCAAUUUCCAGAAAACGGAAGAGAGAUGCACCCUCUGCACAACAGGGAACGCCUUCCCAGCCUACCAAAGCCAGUUCUGUUGAAUCAAGACAGUAUGGCAUGCGGAAGAGGGCCGCCAAAUCUUACGCCGAAAUCGACUCAGACGAUGAGCUCAUCAACGAGUCUGACUCCGGUUCCGACUCCGAAUAUGACACUGCUCCCCGGAAGAAGCCCAAGAAAGCAAAGAAGACCAAGCCCCUCCCCAAACACCUCAUCUUCCCCUUCCUGCGCCUGCCGCGCGAGCUGCGCGACAUCAUCUACACGUACGCCCUGACGGACCCCAUCGGCGGCGUCUACGUCGAAGAGCGCACCCACCGCUACCGGCGCGGCCCCGCCCGCAUCCCCGCCGGCCCGCAAAACUACCUGGCCAACUACAGCCACUGGACCGCCAACAGCGCCGAACAAGCGAUGCCGCCGUGGCCGCAGGUCGAGGGCUACGGCCUGCCCGACCCGGACGCCCAGCCGCACACGGCAAACCUGACACCGGCCUUGCUCGCCGUCUGCCGCCAGAUCCGCGACGAGGCCACGCCCGUCCUCUACGCGCAGCCGCUGCUGUUCGAGGACGCGGCCGCCCUGCACGCCUUUCUGGCGCCGCUGUCGCCGGCGACGCGCGGCGAGCUGCGCGAGAUCACGAUUUUGGGGUGCAGGGGCAGUUGGCGCCGCAGCAUGCGUGCCGCCUUCGACGUCGCCGCCCUGACGCUGCUGGCGGAGGGCGCGGUCGAGAAUUUGAAGGUUCUGCGGUUCCAUGAUGAGAUGUGGCGCGAGAAUGAUUGCGCGAAGAUGCCGGCGCGUCGGUUUUAUCGCCGCGCGUUUCGCUGGCUGGAGGCGGCUGCGAGGGCGAGGGGCGUCGAUGAGGCGGUCGGCGUGGUGCAGUUCAUUGGCGGUUGUAACGAGGUCUCGACGAGGGAUGAUCACAAUGAGUGGAUUGAUGCGUUUUGGGUGGAGUUGAGGAAGCUGGUGGUGAAGGGGUUGCGGCAUCGGAGGUAG